GUUAAUAGUACGACAAGUAUCAUAACAAGAGAGUCGAAUAAAGAAGUUGUUGAUGUUUACGGUGGAUGUGGAAGCCAAGAAGAUCGGCGAAAAUGGGGUUAUGAACAUAUGUCAGAAGAAGAAAUUCGAGAUUUAGGUGAUAAACAUGUUGCUUGGCGUUAUAUCUUAUAA